AUGGAUAGAGCUUUGUCGACAAACGAUGUCCCGAAGGAAUUCCUCAAGGCCUGUUUGAUGGUGGGCCAUGUUCCACUGAGGGCCUUGGCCUGCGAUCCACGCGUUUCCUAUGUGCUUUACAUACCUCCAGCCCGAUACGAUGCCGAUCCCAACCCGACCAAGCUCCCCUUGCUCGUCUGGGUUCAUGGCACAAAGAGGAAAUGGAACACGCUCUACGAAGAUGAAAUGGUGUCUUUUGCCGAUCGGAUGCCGUGUGCGAUUCUCGCCCCGCUGUUUCCUGCUGGUUUGGAUGGUCCAAACGAUUUGGAUUCGUACAAAAUGUUGCACUCACCCUCGCUUCGGUCUGAUAAGGCACUACUGGGAAUCCUUGAUGAAGUUGCAGUUCGCUGGCCUGGGAUUGCGACAGACAAGUUUUUCCUUCAGGGGUUCUCUGGCGGUGGCCAAUUCGCUCACAGAUUUCUCUACCUCUAUCCUGAACGCCUAGCUGCUGUUAGCGUGGGAGCGCCGGGCAGAGUAACCGCGUUGGAUCUUUCGAAAGAUUGGCCUGAAGGUGUAGCAAACACGAAGGCAUUGUUCGAUCUAGAAGUGGCUCCUGGCAACAUCCGCAAAGUCCCGAUUCAGUUGGUGGUUGGCUCGGAGGACAGUAAGAUGCACGGGGGCGAAGCAUUCUGGAGUUGGUUAGAGAGUUUUCAAAAGAAUGAACUAAAGAAGCAAUCAGACACUACAGCGCUAUCUGGAAUGGAGCAUGGGCGAUUGCAAACCCUGGAAGAACUUUAUAGAUCAUGGAAAACCGAUGGAAUCUAUAGUCAGCUGGACAUUGUUGCAGGUAUCGCACAUGAAGCAGGGCAGGUUCGCCCGUCUGUCUUACGUUUCAUUGAGCCAUUGAUUCAAGCCGCCAUUAAGAAAUAG